CAUAAUGAUUAAAGUCAAUGAAUUAUCGCCAUUCCAAAGUUCCCAAGAAUCCAAACCCAAUCGCGCUCGUUUGAGGUCUCUACAGUUCUAACCUUAAUUAUCAAAUAAUUAUCAAAUAAAUGUAAUAAAUCCGAUUGACCUAUCUCCGUUCAAAGUUGACCCCUUCAACUUCUAAAUUCUUUUGUCUUUUUUUUUUUCGAUAACCCUCUCAACCCAGGAUAUCACUAUCAAUUCCCCCAUGCUACAAUUGAUUUCAUAUUCGGUUGUGAUCUGAGGUGAGAUUAUGAAUUCAUGCCUCCUUGACUUCUUUCACUCUUAGGCCUUCAAGCCGACAAGAACAUCGAAGCUUCAUAUAGAGAAUCGAGAUAUCUAUAUAUACCUCUGAGGUAUCCAUAUAGAUAUCAAGUGCCUCGAGUUUGCUUCUUUGUCUUUACCCCACUAUCCCACUUCACUGUCCCAUUAAUUGUCCCACUGUCCCACUGUCCCACUAUCCAGCCCGCUACCUAGUACCUACAUAUCCCCCUCCCUUUCUCUCGGCCUUAGCCGGCGAUCGAAGCAAUGCCAGACAAAGACACUUACCAAGCCGAAGUCGCAAUUGUCGAUGGCGAAGACGACGGGAACACUGCCGACACGACCGAAACGAAACAUGCGACUGGAAGACUGCGCACCAUGACCAGCAUCGCCGAGAUCGAUAGUACUAUUACACAUCCAGGCUCUGUUCGCAUCAAUGUCAAGGGCGCAUACAUUGUAGAUACACCCGAAGAGCCUGGUACCCCAGCGAACCUCUCUGCCUCCGCUGGGAAUAGUUACUAUGAGACCAAAGACAUUCGUUUACCGAAUCAUACCGCCGUUGUCAGCCAUAUAGCUGUUGACAUUGGUGGUUCCUUGGCCAAGUUAGUAUAUUUCUCCCGCGAAGCGCAUUCGACUGAGCCAGGCGGUCGCUUAAACUUUCAAUCCUUUGAAACCGAUCGCAUAGAUGACUGUAUCGAGUACAUGCGACACCUGAAGGACAAGCAGCUCGCCCUCAAUGGAUCCAAACCGGGCGAAUUAUGCGUCAUGGCGACCGGAGGCGGCUCCUACAAGUUUUAUGACCAAAUCAAAGAACGCCUUGGUGUUGAUGUUUUGCGAGAAGACGAAAUGGAGUGUUUGAUUAUUGGCCUGGAUUUUUUUAUCACCGAGAUACCCCGCGAGGUCUUUACGUAUUCUGAGACAGAUCCAAUGCAUUUCGAAUCGCCAAAUGUGAACAUCUACCCCUAUAUGCUUGUGAAUAUAGGGUCUGGCGUCAGCAUCCUUAAAGUGUCCGGACCGCGAACAUACGAGCGUGUGGGUGGUACAUCUUUAGGAGGCGGUACUCUUUGGGGUAUCCUAUCACUCCUUACCCCCGCCGAAUCGUUCGACGAGAUGCUGGAUAUGGCGGCGCAUGGCGACAAUACCAAAGUAGACAUGUUAGUUGGCGAUAUAUACGGCACCGAUUAUGGCAAGAUCGGCUUGAAGAGCACCACCAUUGCUAGUUCAUUUGGUAAAGUCUUCCGCAUGAAGCGGGAAGCAGAAAAUGAGGCUGAGGACAUGGGUGGGCUUUCCAAUGGCGAUGACCAAAAUCGGCGACGGCAGCAGAACUUGGACCAGAACUCAUCGUCGGCCUCGCAAGCGCAACACCGUCCUACGUCCUCUAGGGCGAGUGAGCUAGCGCGGUCACGGUUUUCCAGUGCCGACAUUUCACGAUCUCUCUUAUACGCCAUCAGCAAUAACAUUGGACAAAUUGCUUUUCUGCAGUCGCAAGUGCAUGGGCUGUCAAGCAUCUACUUUGGUGGGUCCUUCAUUCGUGGUCACCCGCAGACCAUGAACACCCUGAGCUACGCCAUCAAGUUUUGGAGUAAAGGUGAGAAGCAGGCAUAUUUCCUACGGCACGAAGGUUAUCUGGGCGCCGUAGGCGUAUUCCUAAAGCAUCAGCCACGGAAUUGGGGCCGCAGGGGCAGCUUCGAAACUGGCGAAGGGCUUGAAGAGAGGCUAAGGGUGCGAACAGAGGAAUCUUCGUGUCACUUCUCAGUAGAUCCCGAUCAGUGAUCCAUAUGGAUCAUCAAUGGCAGUGAUACCAACUGAACAUCACGAAGAGGUCCCGACUAGACUAAAAAGUUGCUAAACUUGGAAGUCUAUAAAUGAAGCUAUACGCAGCACUCAUAAAUAUCAGCGGUUAUGUGCCGUGGCAUACCUAUAACUCACCAGGUACCUCCUACUUCAUUCCUAUCUAGGACCUAAGUUAGGCACCUAAGUAGGUGCGCAUAUAUUAUAUCCUCAUAUCCGUAUCACAAUCAUUGUACGAGGUAGAAAUGCCAGGUAUUUAUCAUUAUUGCUAUUCCUGUAGCACAUCAGGAAUUGGAUAGUUGGAUGGAUGAAUGUUGCGCGCGCCAACCAGAGGUCGGCGCAAGAAGGAAUAUACGGCAGCGAAUGAACUGAAAUAUAUUGUUACAUUCGUAAUUUUUUCGUCUUAUAUACAACGAAGUUACCUAUGUUUCUCCCUAUAAAUAGUAUGCACUACAUUGCCUAGAACCUAGUUUACAUAGUAGAUAUUCGGUAUUCGGUAUUCGGUAUGCGAGUAAGUAAGCGAAGCACUUUCACGAAAGGAAAAACGAGUAUUAAACUCAACUAGAUUUAGG